AUGAGUGAAGAUCCCUUGUGUGUGGAGAUACGAGACCACUUGAGACAGACACUGUCUUCGAUUCAUGAUAAUCCUCUGUUUCGGGAGGUUCGGGGACCUUCUGAGAGAAUGGAGAUGGACAAGCUUCUCAAGGACCACAUCUUUAGGUAUUUGUUCUUUCUUAUCUCCAAAAAGGGUGAAAGCCUUACAUUGUUGUUCCCAAAAGGCAAAGAUCGUCAAAAUGAUAUGGGUAGCUUCCCUAAGACGUACGAUGAAGCUCUCUCUGUUAACAUUGAAGAGAUGACACAGCCAUUCUAUACAAUCGACGAUAGUCGGACAAGUAACAUUCACCAGCACUUGGGCAGGAACUGUGGUAGGAAAUUUCAGGUUGGAGAGCCAAUUUAUCGGUGCCAUGAGUGUGGAUAUGAUGAUACCUGUGUGUUGUGUAUAUACUGCUUCAACGCCGCGGAUCAUCAAAGUCAUCAUGUUUACACUGACAUUUGCUCCGAGUUCAAUACCGGUAUCUGUGACUGUGGUGACGAAGAGGCCUGGCAUACCGAGUUACACUGUAAGGCAGAGGAAGAAGCGCAGAAUGACGAAUCCCGUGAAGAUGAUAGCAAUUUGAAAGAAGUUUUCCUUCAACAGCAAAGUCAAGAUAUUUUGGAAGUGGUUCUGAUAGAAGUCUUCGACCAUUUUAUUGACUUGUUCAAUCAAAACAUCGAACCUCUACCUACUUUGCAAAAGGAUAUAACAUUAAAACUACGGGAAAUGGUUCAGCAAGGCAAAGUGGAAGAAAGAGCAAUUUUUCUGGAGGCACUGGCAUAUAAAAAUGAUUAUACUGAGAAAAACGAUCGAAUCAUUCGUUCGGUAGAAGAAGGCUCCCAAGACGUGGUGGAUUUGAAGGAUUAUACGGUUAUCAUAUACAAUGAUGAGUAUCACAACUACUCUCAGGCAACGACAGCCUUAAGGCAAGGUGUUCCGGAUAACAAACAUACUGAUCUGCUGACGUCAAAGAUCGAUGGAGAAGGUCGGGCGCUACUCAAAUGCUCAGAAGAAAUUUCUGCUGUGAUAGGUGGUUUUUUCGCAGUGCAAACGAACGGUUUGAGCGCCACGCUGACAUCAUGGUCCGAGUACAUUCAUCAAGAGACCUGUAAAUAUUGCAUUCUAUGGUUGAACCACUGCUUGAAUAUACCGAUUCCAGCCUUUCAAAGUGCAUUCCGCUCAGCAAUGGGGAAAGUUCUUCUUUCCAAAUACGAUCGGGCCGCCGAGUCUGUUGAUAUGACGCCAGUGGUCCGUGAGUACUUCAGCUCUAAAUUCAACGAGUCGGAUCCAUACAGAUUUGCGGACUUGUCAAUCUUAAGCGAGGCUAAUGGUAUUCCACUUGGGCACCAUAAAGAAUUGGCCAAGAAUGAUCUCGACCACAUUUCAAAUACGCUGAAUGAAACUGUAAGUCCCACAAGCAGGCAGUACGCAAAUUCCAGGCUUCAAUAUAUUUUUUACUUCGAUAACAGGUAUUGGAAAAGGCUGAGGAAAGAUCUGCAGAAUGUUAUCAUUCCAACUUUGGCUUCAGACAUUCACUAUAAACCUUUGUUUUGCAGGCAGGUUGUUGAGAUUUUUAAUCACAUAACGAGAUCAGUGGCAUUCAUGGACCGGGAACCACUCUUGAACGUUUUGCGAGAGUGUGUCGUCCAGCUUUUCACUUGCCCGAAGGACGCAAAUAUGAUCUUCAGCAUGGGUAGCUUCAAGGACAUUCUUUGGUCGGUAAUUGAUAUUUUUGCGGAGUUUUCGAAGGUGGAAGGAGGCCUUCUAAUAUGGCAGAAAGUACAGAAAACCAAUCCCACGAAGAGUUAUAGCAUUUCAUUUAAGCAAGGCCUAUACGCAGUCGAAACUUUAUUGAGUAAAGUGUCUGAUGGCAAUAUCGUACUAAUCCCAGAAAAUUUCAUUUCAAUCUUAACAUUGUGCAAACUGUUUAACGGCGCGUACAAGAUAAAGAGAAAGGAAGGUGAGCAUGUUUUACAUGAGGAUCAGCAUUUUAUUCCAUAUUUGGAAUAUACGACAUCGGUUUACAGUAUCAUUCAAACUAUGGCUAAGGUCUUAGAAAACUCGAAAGAACCCAUAGAUGAGCCUCUAUUACUAAACACUAUUGAACUUUUGACUAGCUUCCUGGGACACAGAUCAUUAACUUACAAACUGAUUCACGAUUCACAAGAGAUCAUUAAAUUCGAAGUGCAUCGACAAAGAGUGGCAUUUAUGAACCCUGUGCACACACUUUAUUCUUUCUUGAUUGAGAAAUGCAAGCUAACAUCAGCUUUAGGUGCUACUUCCUAUUGCUCCGAUUUCCUGACUAUAUCUGAUUUUGCAUUAAGGUCUGUGGUCCUUUGCGCACAGAUUUUCGUGGGAUUUUGGGUUAGGAAUGGUAUGUCAGUGCUGCAUCAAUCAAAAUACUACAAGAAUAAUCCGGAGUUGAGCUCUUACGCAAGAGACAUUCAUCUGAACCAGCUUGCUUUCCUUCGUGAAGAUGAUGAUAUACCUAGGGUAAUCUACAACUUACUUGAUAGAUGGGCAUUACUUGAUUGGUUUAGUGGCGAGGCUGAAUUUGAGCAUACAAUUUACGAGGAUAAGAUCAUACCGAUUGUCCAACAAUUCAUUGCAUUUGUUUAUCAGGUAUUGACUGAAAGAUACUUCUUCAAGACCUUUUCAUCUGCUAAGGAGAGAAGGAUGUACCACAUUAAAAGCGCCGUCAUCUAUAACCUUUACACCAAACCUCUUUCCUAUUCCAAGCUAUUGAGAUCGAUGCCAGAUUACUUGACUGAAGAUACCACGGAGCUUGAUACGGCUCUCAAAGAGAUUUCGACAUUUGUUGAACCAAAGGGUUUGGCUGAUAGUGGUGUCUUUAAGCUGAAACAGAAGCUGUAUGCAGUCGUUGACCCUUUGAAGCUUUUGAACAUGGAAAAUGAAUUCGAAUCAAGUGCUGCUACAAUAAAGACUCAUUUGUCUUCAAAGAAGACGGGCACUUAUGAUGAUAUCAUACAGCCGCAGAUCAUCUCACCACAAGAUUUGGAUCCAAAAUCAAUUGAGUUAGGACAGUUUACGAGGACAGACAUAUUUGCUAAGCUUGUAUACAAGCUGCUACAGGUUUGCAUUGAUAAAGAAGAGGGCACAUUCCUAUACGAAUUGCUUCAUUUGGUGCAUGGUAUCUUCAAGGAUAAAGAGCUGAUUGAUGGAGAGAGAUCCAUCCCUCAGGCUUAUAUCUCGAAGCCCAUUUGCAGUCAAUUGAUGACCAUUGCUAACUCGAAACAUAAUGCUUUCUCCGAGGAGAUAAAAAAGAAGGCUCAAUAUUUACUGGAAAUUAUGAUGACUAUAAGACCUGAGGAGGUUACCGACUCAUUGAUUACCAGCUUUGGUGAACAGUAUGUGGCAGACUAUAAGGCGAAGAAGAUGAGUAACAAUGCUAAUCAUGCCGAAAGCGAAAAGAUGCAAAGGAAGAGGAUGAUCAAAAAAAGGCAGGAAAAAUUGAUGGCUAAAUUCAAUAAUCAGCAAUCUAAAUUCAUGAAAGGAAGCGAAGCUCAAUUAUGGGACCAAAGCAAAACUGGUAACGACGAUGAUGUUGUCAUGGAUGGUGUCGAAACUCAAACACUAGAGGAGUUUACUUGCGCACUAUGUCAGGACAAUACUUCAACAGACUUGUUUGUUGUACCUGCUUACCACGAUCAUACGCCAAUUUUCAGGCCAGGUAGUAUCUUCAACGUUGAUGAGUUCGCCUCGAAUUGGGGUACUUUCUCUAACAAUCCAGACAAGUUGACUUAUAAUGACGAUAAGUCAUUGGAAAACUUCAGAGAUAAUGGUAGUAGAGGGUCCAAAAAGGUUCUGGUCUCCUGUAAUCACAGCGUUCACCAUUCCUGCUUUAAGCGUUACGUGCAGAAAAAGAGAUUUUCCUCCAACGCUUUUAUCUGUCCACUUUGUCAAACCUAUUCCAACUGCGUUCUACCGAUUCGACGCACUUCGAAACAGAAUACAGGUCUUUCGGUUGAUAGUUUGGUAAAUGUGAGAGUUUCAGUCGAUGAGCUGUCGCGUCUAUUUGAAAGUUUCAGUGCUGCUGAUUUUAAGAACGUUUACUCAACCUUCAAUCUAGUGACAUUGCACUCGCACUCCUACGAUAAAGCUGCUCGGAGCACUCCAGGAUUUGAAAGCAAGGACACAGCAUUUAUUCUUGCUGUGCAUUGGGCAAACACAAUAUCGAUGCUCGAAGUGGCAUCCAGGUUAGAUAAAUCGCCAAAUGUAACGCUACUCGAGUCCAGAGAGCAAAAGUUCAAGACACUCAAGAAUACACUUAUAUGCAUAGUGCUAAUGUGUUACGGUAUCGGUAAACCAAAUCCUGAGUUCGACCCAUAUGUGAAUAAAGAUGGCAUCAUCUGGAACCAAAAUCAGCUCUUCCAGUACAUAGUAAAGAAAUGUUUGUUUUCUCGGGAACCAUUGCGAGAAACCGUGGGGCAGGCCCUAGCCAAUUUCUCCAAACAAUUAAUCGUUGAUUUUAUCAAGGGACUUUCCAAUCUAGACAUUGGUAAGAUGUACGAGAAAGCUGAAAACCAUGGUGGGAUUUACAAGAUUCAAUCAGAUGACUUGUUGUCGACUUUGAAAGGGGUUUGUUUCUUGGGCGUAAGUGACUCGGAGCUUCGUCGUAAGGCUUAUGAUUUGGCUUAUACGUGUCUAUUGAAGAAUUUGUUGCCAACUCUAAGGCGUUGCGUAAUCAUGAUCAGAGUUUUCCAUGACACAUUGAAAGAUCAGGAGGAUGAUGAAAUUGUUGUGAAUGGUAUAAAUAUACUUGAGAAAUCCUCACUCGAUUUGCCAGAUUAUGUUGAUCAGGUCAUGGCCGCACUAUCAGAUUUUGAAUCGUUGCAACAAUUGCUAGCUCGUGGCAUUCCUUGUAUGAAACCUUCCGACGAUCCUUACUUGAAAGAUAUUCCCUACGAAAAUUGUGGCAUUGUGAAACUUGUCAAUUUGGCAACGUAUUUGAACACUUAUGUGACGAACUCCAAGAAGAUCAAGUUACGUGAGGAACACUCCUUACAUGUACAAAACGUUAGCAACAGACUAGAUUUCAAGAUUUGCCUAACUUGUGGUGUGAAGGUACAUUUGAGACCCGACCGUCAUGAGAUGUCGAAACACUUACAGAAGUACUGUUUCAAGACUUUUGGAGCAUUUUUGAUCCCAAACACCAGCGAAGUUUGCUUGUACAUGUCUCAACCACCGUCCACUGUGUACAUCAGUGCGCCUUACCUAAACUCACAUGGUGAAGCGGGAAGAAAUGCCAUGAAGCGUGGAGAUAUGACUGUGUUAAACUUAAAGCGUUACGAAUUCCUUAACAGCCUCUGGAUCAACAAUGAGAUACCAGGCUACAUUAGCCGAGUGAUGGGAGACGAGUUCCGAGUUAACAUCUUAUCUAAUGGUUAUUUCUUAACGUUCAACAGAGACCCACGUCCCAGAAGGGCUCCUCUCGCUGGUAGCGAUGACGAAGAAGAUGUUGACGGACAAGAUGAUGAAGAUGCGGAGCUUUACAGUGGCCACUCAAGCGAUGACGAAGAGCGAGAUGUCGAAAUGGCUGACGACCGUCUUGGUGAUAUGGAAGAAGGUGCAUUUUUCGGCAAUGGAGUGGAUGCAGGCAACGUUAGAGGCCUGCUACAAGUAUUUGAAAAUUUUCAGAACACAGUGGAGAAUGGAAUCAACCCUGAAGAUGCUCAAUUCGCUACCCCAUUACUACAAUUUUUCCCACCACAAUUUGGCGGAAUAAAUCUACGAAGAAACAUUAUCCCGGAUGCGGACGAAGAUGACGAAGUGCUAGAAGCCGCGGACGACACUGCUGACCACCAGUAUGAUACCAAUAGCCCUUCAGAGUAG